AUGUACAACUAUAUAGUACCGUUAGGGUGUGGAGCAGUACGAGGGCGAAAACAGAUUGGUUUUGAACAUUUUAGAACACCAAGACCUCAAUCAUCAUUGGGUGAUAUUGGAAAACAAGGAACUUCUGGACAGCCAGUAAAAUUGUUGGCAAAUUAUUUUCCAAUCACCUCAUAUACAAAUUGGUGUUUAUAUCAAUAUCGAGUUGACUUCGGUCCCGAAGAGGAUAGAAUUUCUACUAAAAGAGAAUUAUUAGCUCAGCAUCAAAAACUUUUAGGAGGAUAUUUGUUUGACGGGAACAUAUUAUUUUCUAGCACCCGAUUUGAUACACCUAAAUGGAACAUAACAAUUCAUGGUGGCAGGCAACCGAUGUUGAUUUCGAAAAAUAAAUCUGUAAGACGAUUUGGAGUUGAAGAUACUUUGGUUUAUCUUGUUCCAGAACUAUGCCUCAUGAUGGCUGGUAUAACUGAUGCCAUGAGAAAUAAUUUCACACUCAUGAAAGAUAUGGCCCACGUGAAUCCCAAAUUACGUAUGGAAAGAUUAACAAACUUUGCAAAUAGACUUCUUUCUACACCAGAGUCUGUAACCGAAUUGAAAAGAUGGAAUCUGACAUUAAGUAACAAGUUGGUUGAACUCACUGGCCGUACAUUACCAGAGGUAAUUUAUAGUCGUUCUAAAGACUAUAAUUGUGGCGAAGAAGCUGAUUGGACAAGGCAUAUACGCUCAUUACCAAUGUUCACCUCUGCCAUUGUGAAACAUUGGACCAUUCUAGCUCCGAAAGACUGUCUCCGUGAAGUAGAAGCAUUUGCUCAAAGUCUUGCAAGAGCAGCACAAGGCAUGACAUUUGUACUACCCAGGCCUGUUAUAUUCCCUAUGGCUGAUGGGAAAUCAAAUACAUUUUUAAACGAUCUGGAAAAAGUAAUUAAUGAAUCGAAUCCAUCAUUGAUUUUAUGUGUUAUUCCGUCAGCACGUGGUGAUAUGUAUAGUAUGAUUAAAAGAAAACUAUGUAUUGAUAGAGCCGUACCGUCCCAAGUAGUACUGUUAAAAAAUGUGCAAAAGAACCAUAUGUCUAUUUGUACGAAAAUUGCUAUACAAAUAAAUUGUAAACUUGGAGGUGCCCCUUGGCUAGUUACCAUUCCUAAAAAAGGGAUGAUGAUAGUUGGUUUUGAUGUGUGUCAUGACAGCCAGCAGAAAAACCUUUCAUUUGGAGCUUUAGUAUCAACGAUGAAUGAUGCUCAUACAAGUUACUUCAGCUGUGUGGAACCACACGAAAGUGGAGAGGAACUCUCGGUUCAUUUUGCUACAGGCAUAAGCAAGGCAUUGGCCAAGUAUAGGACUAAAAAUGGCGCAUUACCUACUUCGAUAAUUGUAUAUAGAGAUGGUGUUGGAGAAGGCCAAAUAUCACACGUCCAUAAGACAGAAGUAAGACUUUUGCAGACUGCUUGUGAACAAUUGUAUGGGAAAAGUUCUGUCCCAUUAGCAUUUGUUAUAGUCACAAAACGAAUUAGUACAAGAUUUUUUGCUCUCAGCAAUAGAGGGGCUGAAAAUCCUCUACCCGGUACAAUUAUUGAUAGCGUUGUUACAGAUCCAAGUAGGUACGAUUUCUUUUUGGUAUCACAACAUGUAAGACAGGGUACUGUAACUCCUACACAUUAUCAAGUCAUUGAAGAUACACUUGGACUUCCUCCGAAUAUUAUGCAAAGACUUACAUUCAAGCUGACCCAUAUGUACUACAAUUGGUCGGGUACAGUUCGAGUUCCUGCUCCAUGUCAGUUGGCUCACAAGUUGGCAUUCCUCACUGGGCAGAGUCUCAGACGUUCGCCCAACCUUGGAUUGGAUGAGUUGUUAUACUUCCUUUAAUAUACCUUUUUUUCUGAUAAUAUGU